GCAACGGUCUCUGCACAGUGCCACUUGGGGCUCGUUCAAACAGGCUCCUCAACCGAGCACCAGUAGGCUAUACCAGAUAUCAACACUUACCACAGUGUAGUAGAGGGUAUGGUACCUUCAAAACGCAACCAGUUUAUAAGGAACUUAGGUAUUUGGGAGAAUUGCACAGAUUCCUUCGAUAUACAUGUUCUCUAGUUCGGAGAUAACAUCCGUGAAUUUGUUUACUGGAGAAUUACCCUUCUUCCGUGAUUUCAAGACAAAUGAGAACGUGGAUAGUAAAGGGUAGUUGGAAAACUGUAUCGUCCGAAACCGAACUGGGCAACUUGACAUGAUAGUUUAGCAGUCGUGCGGAAAGGAGCAUGCAACCAACAGUUUUGAAGGCAGCCGGGAAAGAAGGUUUACGCCGUGCAUUGCACAAGAAAAUGUUGUCGUUGUUCUUGUUGGUGUCGUUUGGCGCUUACAAGGUUCAGAGCGUUGAUGAAGUUAUAGUGAUUGGUGCCGGAGCGUCCGGACUGGCCGCUGCCAGAGCACUGACCGACGCUGGACAGUACAAAGUGACCGUCUUGGAAGCCAGACCCAAUCGAUACGGGGGAAGAAUAUGGACAAACGCAGAAAAUUUUCAAAACACCACAGGUCCGGAAGUUGACAUGGGAGCUAGCUACAUUCAUCAUCCAGACGAUACGAAUUCUGUUGUCAAACUUCACAGAAAAUUUAACCUACCGAUGCUGGAAAUGAAUGCAAACGGAUUAAUUGUAGUACGAGAAAGGGAUUCUAGGCCAUACACACAGACCAGGAUAGAUGCAGCUGGAAUGAAGGUCGAUAAGGCUUUCGAAGAUGUUGCAGUCCUCUCGUCAAAACUGAAGAAAGACAUUUCCAUAUACGCAGCUCUGAGACAACUGAAUCAGUCCCAGUUAAUUGACGAUCCUCUCUCGCAAACAUUUGUGGCUGUUGAAGAGUUUAACUACGGAACUGCCAUAAACAAUGUUAGCACCAAGUAUAUAAAUGCAGGGUACGCGGAUGUUCCAAAUGACUCUGAAAAAAUACCAGCGCUUGGUUACAGCAAGAUGUUAGACAGGAUCGUCCAGAAUUCUCCAGCUGACACUCCUCUAAAUAUCAUCUUAGGCCAGGAAGUAACCAAAGUGAAUGUUCAAGAAGACAAACGCGUGGUCAUUAAAUGCAGAAACAAUGAAACAUACAAGGCGGACGUUGUAAUCGUGACAUUACCAUUGGGGGUUUUGAAAGCGAAUGGCGUCAAAUUCACACCGGAUUUAUCGACAAAAAAGCGGAAGGCAAUAAAGAGAGUUGGAUUUGGUACGGUAAACAAAGUUGUGUUAGAAUUUAACAAACGGUUUUGGCCAGAAGACAAGCAGCACUUAACUGUAGCGGUGCGAGAUAUUGAUGACCGAGGAAAGCUUUGCAUUAUGUCGAGUUUUCACGCCAUUGCAAACAAGCCUGUGGUAGUGGCAUACGCUGUCAGCCAUUUUGGGGAGCAGAGCGAGAAAAUGAGUAACAACCAGCUUAAAACCAUAGCUCUAAGUCGUCUGCGCACUGCUUUUGGUACAGCCUUAGACCCAGUAAGUGUUGUGAAAAUGUCUCGCACGAGGUGGAAGAAAGAUCGGUUUUCCAGAGGAUCAUAUUCGUUCCCAGCUGUAGGAAUAAAGAAGGGAGACUGGGACAUUCUCGGGGAAGCCGAACCACCAUUGUUCUUCGCUGGCGAGCACACACGAACCAAACAGUAUGGCACCGUCCAGACGGCUAUAGACACAGGCAGAAAAGCUGCGAAAGAAGUAGAAUCAUACUUAAACUCAGCUAAUACUGCCCCAGUGAACGUGUUAUCUAGUUUUGUAAUUUUAUUCUCUCUAUUUCUGUCUGUCUUCCAUAUCAGGCUAUAAAUUAUUUCUAUAAAUCCGGUUUAAUGUGGCCCCUGCAUAUGUAUUAAUUCUGUUGUAAGCGAGAUAUAUUCUCAGAUAUACUAAUCUCUGGCAUUUAUAUCAGAUUUUGUAGUCGAUGUUGUUGUAUAAUAUUGAGAGUCAAAUUUCAUACAUUACAAAAAUGAUAAUGUAACAGCGAUGUAAAGCACAACUCUACAGGUACUGAACAUUGUAUUAUCUGCAUUAGGCAGAUCAGUCAUGUCUACACCAUGCAUCAUCGUUAAGCAGUGUUUGCACGGUGUAUAUGCCUAUUUUUAAAGAUGUAGAAAUAUAAAACA